AUGAGUUCUGAUUCAUCGUCUCGUGCUCAGUCCGACGAGGAAAUAUCACAUUCUUCUUCCGAAGAAGAGGUACCUCCAGCUCCCACCGGAUGGGAUGUAGCGGGUUUCGCCAACAACCCAAUCAACAACUAUAUCUCCCGCCGCAUACAAAGCGAGAUCGCUCGAAUGCAGCAGCCACCCCCCCAACGGCCAAUCCGCCGGCGGCGCCGAUACAUCCCUCGCGACCACACUGGUGCGCACGAUCGGCUGUUCGCCGAUUAUUUCGCGGAGGAACCACGUUAUCCGGCAGAUGUAUUUCGUCGCCGGUUCAGAAUGCGCCGCUCCCUCUUCCUGCGCAUUGUUAAUGCGUUGUCCGCGCGUUACCCCGAGUUCCGGCUCCAGCGAGACGCAGCAGGGAAGCCCGGACUAUCGCCCCUACAGAAAUGCACUGUUGCCAUCCGGCAGUUGGCAUACGGAGGGUCCGCCGACAUGUUCGAUGAGUAUCUGCAAUGCGGCGAGACGACUGGCAGCCGAGUGCCUGAAGAAUUUACUGUCGGGGCGUGCGAAGAGAUAUUUGGGAGCACUACCUUCAGCUCGCCGGACGCGGUAUUGCCCGUUCCCACCUCUUUGGAUUGGCACCGCUGGAGGACCCACGGCUUUCCGGGGAUGCUCGCGGCAUCGUAUGCGAUAGCCGGCGGUGGAAGAACCGCCCCAACCCAGCGUGGCGAGGCCGGCUUCUUCACCAGCUACAAAGGUACGCAUCCCACCAUCAUUCUUGAAGCCCCUCGGCCGAACAACGACCUAAAUGUUCUCAAUUCCUCGCCCCUUUUCAACGAGCGGAUCAACGGGUUAGGCCCCUCCAUCGAAUUCACGGCCAAUGGCAAUGUGCAUAACAUGGGGUACUACCUGGCUGACGGCAUCUAUCCGCAAUGGCCCGUGUUUCUGAAGACGAUCAGAUGCCCACUCGGAGAUAGAAGAAGGUAUUUUGCCCGAGCGCAAGAGUCUGCGCGCAAGGAUGUGGAGAGGGCAUUUGGGGUGCUCCAAUCGCGAUUUGCACUGGUAAAGGGCCCGACGCGCUUUUUCUACCAGGGGGAUAUUGCCGAUAUCAUGUAUGCGUGCAUCGACGUCACCAACGACCCAAGUGUUGCAUCAUCGAGUCACGGUGUCUCAACCGAGUCCGCCCGCCAGGGUGUACCGCACAACGAACAUGAACGGUUCCAGGCGUUCAUGGACAUACACCAGAAGGAGGCCCAUCAAGCACUACAACACGAUAUCAUCGAAGAAUUAUAUGUGCACUCCCACCACUCUCCUCCUCACUCUGCAUUUCGCCUCUCCUCCCCCAUCUACAUCUCGAUUGCUUUGAAGAUCUAG